CCGCCUCACGGCACGCGCCUGGCUCGCAGAUCGUCGGCGCGAUCCGCGAGCGCAUGCAGGCGGCCAACGCGAAGUGGCGCGCGAGGGUCGAGGCGCAAAAGAUGCGCAAGACGGGCAAGGCACAAGAGGCGCAGAGCAUCGCGUCGGAGCGACGAUUCGCCGAGGCAACUCGUUACCGCGUCGGCCGGCUGCUGCUGCGGCAGGUGCAUGUCUCGAUCAAGGGGUACGCGCUGUCGCUCGGCGAGGCUCCUUUCCUCGUGCGCGGCUUCCUAGGCACAGAGGAGGAGCUGAGGCAGCGCGUGCUCUUCGGGGGGCGCGGCGCGACCGGCGUGCAGCACCCGGGGCUUCUCUCGCGGCUGCUGCAAGACUCGUCACGCGACCCGGUGGCCCGCGGCGCGCUCGAGCGGCAGCUCAAAUCGCGCAUCGGCUCCGGCUUCAGCUCGCGCGUGGAAGGCCUCGGAGAGCGCCUCUCCGCCCUCCGCGACGCGCUACACUCCCUCUCCCUCCGCCUCGGCCGGCAGCGGAGGUCGCCGCAGCCGGCCGCCCCCCGGCCGCCCACGCCGGCGGCGGCGAUGGACUCCGCUGAGCCGUGGGGCGCGGAGCGGCGCGUCAAGGGGGCGGCGGUGCUCGGCGACCCGUGGACCCGGAUGGGCGGGAUGCGGCACCGCGGCGUGCCUAGCCGCGAGGCUGGCGCCACGUCGCAGUUGCAGCCGGUGCUCUCCCCAGAGUUGCCUGUCGAGGCUGCGACGGCGGCCGCCCCCACGCCGAGAAGCAAGCUGAGCGGGGACGAGGCUCGCUGCCCCUCGGCGCCGCUGCAGCGGAGUCCGUCCAAGAGCGAGCUGCUCGACUCGUCGCCGGGCGAGGGCUUGGCCGAGCUCUGGAACAAGCUCAAGCCCGGAAAGGAGCAGCCGCCGGCGCCGGCGCCGAUGGCAGCGCUGGACUUGCGGCGCCCGUGCGCCAGCCUCGACGCCGCCUCGCUCGCCUGGGGCGGCGCGCUCUGAUGUGGUCCGGGCCGGCUCGAUUGCCGUGGACGCUGAUGGGUCGCUGGGUGGCUCUCGACGAGUGUUUGUCGUCGGAGCCGAUUUGAACCGAUGAUUCUGGGUGCCACAAUCUGUGUGACUCUGUUAGUGGGAUUGGGAGAGAAUGAAUGCAGUCUUUGUCGCGACGUGUUCAGUGCGAGAUGAAGAGGGGGGAGAGGGGGGCGGGGGGGGGGUUGUAGAGCCCAGUAUGGCCGCCCGGGCCGCGCCGCGGUGAGUUGUGUGGACUUGAGCCGUGGGGGCAAAAGCCGCAAUAACGUAACACUACGACGAGAUGUGA